AUGGCUUCCAACGGAACUACGACUAAUGGUGGUGGUGGUGGCUCAAACCCCGAGAUCAUCCUCUACACGAACCACGGAUGUCCAUGGGCACACCGAGCCCACAUCGCCCUGAAAGAGCUGGGUCUUCCAUACAAGGAGGAGAUCAUUCCGUUGGACAAGCCUCGUGAGGCGUGGUAUUUGAAGAUCAAUCCGCGCGGUCUUGUCCCUAGCAUCAACUACGACGGCCACAUCAUCACCGAGUCGGCCGUCGUCACUCAAUUCCUGGCCGACGCCCACCCAGCCCAGCUACUCCCACCAACGACCUCCGUGUCUAGCGCCCUUUUCCGGGCCCGCGUCGCGUUCUUCGUCGACGCGUUCAUCACGAAAGUCCUACCACAUCUCUUUGGCGGCGUACGCGCCCAGACCGAUUCCGAGAAAGAUGCCUCUGCAGAGGAACUGCUUCGUGCGGUCAUCAAGGAAGUCGAGCCCCUGUUCACUUGGGAUACGACGAAGGGGCCCUAUUUUGGAGGGAAUGAGCAUUUUACUCUUGCUGAGGUCCAAACCGGUCCUUUCGUCCUUCGGCUCCUAGCGUUUCUCAAACCCCAGUACGGCCUCCUCAGUCCGAAACUCGACGCCCUCCUCGACGAACAGGCGCCCAAAUUCAAGGCCUGGGCGGCGCAGGUCGUCAAGCAGCCUAGCGUCACGUAUAUUUGGGACGAGCGGGGCGUGGCGGAGAAGACCAAGGCGAGAUUUGCACAGCUGGCCGCGGAGAAGAAGUUGUAG